GAUGCAGGACUAUGGCGAAUUCGUCCCCGAGGAGCUGAAGCGGUCGUCGGACGAGUCCCUCUACACCAUCGGCCACAAACUCGAUCUGUUUGAGUACGACCUCGACUACGACCCGGGUAUCGAGGGGGUCAUGAGGCGCAGCCACGUCCUCAUCGAGAGCUACUCGUACCUCAUGAAUGUCCAGAUCCGUUACGGGGUCGUGAAGGAUACGUAUCUGAUGAAGGAGCAGGUAUACCCGGGCCACACGUCCUGGUUCCUGCCCAAGAACACCGCCUACACCACCCAGAUCUCGCGGUUCCUGACGAGACUCCGGGAGGUGGGGCUCAUGCAGAAGCUCUUCAGGAAUCACUUCGCGUCCGUCACGGCCUUCGAGGCGGGACAGAGAACGGGGCCACAAGCACUGAGCAUCGGCCAACUUCAAGGGGCCUUUCUCCUUUUGGCCUUCGGGGUGGUGACCUCCCUCGUCAUCCUUUCCGUCGAGGUCAUCCUUGGGUCACGCUUUCGAUAGGGCGUGGAAGGAAGAGGUCCGAGAAUCGAGUGGGAGGGUUGUGAAGUCAGGGAGAAUGGGUUGCAGAGAUGCGCUUGGGGUGUAUUGAGUUAUUCGUAGUGUUUCAUAUGCUGGUCUCUUUGUCUGUCUGUCUUUCCCUCCCUCUUUCUGUCUCUGUCUCUCUUUCUCUCUGU